AUGCACCCCACGUGCGAAGGAUGGCGCGGUAGUCCAGCUGGCUUAUCUCAUUACUCGUCACUGCAUCUGCACCUCUUAUCUCGGCAACAUUCCUUGCCUUUGCCCACACAACGCAAACCAGCAGAGCCUCCAAGACGCCAAGACUAUCCGCCUGACACUCACUGCAACUCAUCCCACGCAGGUGUUUGUUGGGUCAAGCCUGGGAAUGGGAGCUGA